CCGGUUCGUUCCAGUUUGGGAAACAGCUAUACGGUCUGUGCCUCGCCUCAACUCAACACAGAGAGGAGCCCUCUGGACCAUUUUUUCUCCGUUUCAUCUCCAACGAAGUUAAUUUGCAGGCGUGCGUGUCGGGUAUUUCUUGCAAUCCGAUUCUCUCGAAUCUGUUCGACUGAAUCGAAGAUGGUCUACGUUGCUUCCUGGGACGAAUUCGUCGAUCGAUCUGUUCAGCUGUUCCGAGCCGAUCCUGAAUCUACACGGUAUGUAAUGAAGUACAGACACUGCGAGGGAAAGUUGGUUCUCAAGGUUACUGACAACAAGGAGUGUCUCAAGUUCAAGACGGACCAAGCACAAGAUGCGAAAAAGAUGGAGAAGCUGAAUAACAUAUUCUUCACUUUGAUGGCCAGAGGACCAGAUGUUGAUCCAUCUGAAGUAACUGGGAAAGAACAGAUGGAAGGGCAGCCUGCAAAGAAAGGAAGGGGAAGGAAGCAAUGAAUCUGAUGAAAAUGGGCGUAUGCUUUUUUUUUUUUAAACUUUAGUGAUUUUGUGGACAAAAGUUUUGAUUUUGUAAUUGUUACAGUAACCUGUGAAAGUUCUUUGAUGAUGAAGAACCUCAACAAGGGUUACAAGCUUGUUGUUGGCUUUCUUCUUGGGAGAAUUUGGUUCGUUUUCUCUUGUUAGUUGUUACCGGUCUUUGUCGCUUA